AUGUAUCUUCGUUCAUCACACCACAGCCAAGGUGGUUCUCACAACGAAAACACUCCAGAUUCUCCUCAAGCUACAGUUUCCCAACCCUCCCCACAUUCCAACUCACAAUCCUCUCCAGCUCCUGUGACCCCCUCUGAAGAGUUUGACUCUCCCCUUCCUUGCUUUUCUAGAUUACCAAGCCCAGCUCCCAUUGAGGUUUAUCCUUUCAAAUGUUAUGUUAGUUAUGAAUUCUACUUGGAGAAACGCGACCGGGGUCAGAAGUUAAAGUGGAAAUUAGCCAAGUCUCCCGCCUCCAACAAGUUGUGUAUCGAAAUCAAUCCUAAUCACAUAGGCCUCGAUGAAUUCAAGAAAGCCGUUGGAUCAGCCUGUAGUAUUGCUCUUGCUGGAGUUGACAUAACGAUCGCAAAGGCCGGAAAGAAAGGGGUCCCGAAAAUCCGUUGGGACGCUUUCAUCCCAAAUGACCGAAGUUGUCCGAAAUCCCGUGCCAUUCAUCUUGAGAAUCCGACUGAUUAUCGCCGCUGGGUUGAGACGAUAUCGAAAAAGAAGAAAACUACACGAGAGGGGGCAAUUCACCUUGUUCAAGAUAAUCCAAAGAAAAAAGAGGCGAAUGCCAUCGAUCAGAAUCUUGUUGACAAGCUGAACCACCGACUCCGAGCUGCUUCUCAGAACGAAGGCACCAGUACCGAAGCUAGGACUGACACCAACAACGAUCCAAAUCCCGACGAGUCCGACAAUGAGGGGUCCGUCAUAGAGGAUCAAGAGCUGUACAUGUCUAAGAUUUAUGCCAAGUAUGGCUUAAAUCACAAAUUUGAUCGAAUCCACCCAACCUUUCCCCAUCCAACCAAUCACUCCAAGUACAUUUUGUUGUCAGCCGGUAAUGUGCGUAUAUGGGCAGAUGCCUUGGUUGGAAAAAAGCGGGGCGUGUCGCUUGAAUCCCCUCCAUCUGAUCUCAAUUAUCUUACGGCUAAAAAGAGGGAAGCAGCGCCUGAGGCUGGUGUACCAUCUGGAACAGCCGAAAUGAUGACAACUGCAGUGGGAAUCUUGCUUGAUAGGGCAGUUGGUGAAAGGAACCAAAAUCGUGCGGAGGAUGGACAACUAGGAAUACCUUUAGCUGAAAAUAUAGAACAAUACCUUUUGUUCAUUGGAUGUAACCACUCCGAGGUUGAUGUGGUUGCCGAUCUCUUGAGGACCAACGGAUUCGUCUCCUACUUAACGUUUGGCUCUCCAAACUUGGACAAUGCUCCUUUGAUUCAAAUGGGACUCUCCUUAGGUCUUGUUCUUCGACUUAGGGAUAAUGUCCAUAACUUUUCCUUACAUCUCAGAGCCCAAGAGGAAUAGCCAGAUUACUCCCGAUUACUAUUUUUUUUCAGCUCCAAUUGAUCUUAACAAUCUCGUCAUUGUUGUAUUCUUCUUCAUUUUAUCAGCUCCUUCAAACACUUCAAUCAAUCGAAAACAGACUGUAUCAGCUCCUCCCUCAGCACCACUAGAUUCUCAGCUCCAAUCGAUCUCAAUCGAUCUCAAUCAACUCUCCAUUCUCAAUCAGCUCAACAGACCUCUUUUUUUCACUAGAUUCUCAUCUCCAGCCAAUCUCAAUCGAUCUCAAUCUACCUUCCUAUCUCAAUUGAUCUCAAUUUCUUUUUACACUGUAGCUGCUCCUUGUACCACUAGAUGCUCAACUUCAAAUGCUCAACUUCAAACAAAUCUCAAUCAUAUCGUAUCUAUCGUAUCAAAUCUCUUGUUUCAAAUCUCUUCCUAUAUUGUACUGCUUCAUCGGAGCAGUGAUCAUCUUAUUUUUUCCCAUUGCUCAUUUUGUUUCACUGGAUCAGAUCAUCGCUUUUUCAUCGAUUGUAUCAGGUCAACUGGAAAUAGACAGUAAAUUGAUUGUUAUCUUUUAGCUUGCUGGACAGUUGAACCACCCAAUCCAAGCAGUCAGUCAGCUACUUGGUAAAUUUGCUCUUCUUACAAGCGAGCAAGACAACAAC